ACCUCUUUUUCAGUUUUUAUGUGAGGCAGAGGAGAGAGAGAGAGAGGCUCAAUCAGUGGAUCUUCACGCAAACUCACUUCCUCUCCGUCUCCAUUUUAGCGUUCGUGUUCGCUCCUCUCUCUCACUCUGAUAUAUACAUAUGAAUCGCAUAUGUUUAUAGCAUGUGACGAAUCAACAAAUGGGUUCCAACAAAAAAACUUCUUCCCACAAAUCUUCUUCUCCUUCUUCUUCUCAAGAUACAGAUGUGUCGAUUCAAGGACUCCGUACUAUGCAUCAACAAGAACUAGAAAAAUUGACACUAACAGCACAACCUGUCAAAACAUUUAAGUUUUUCAUUUUGGCUGUUAUUCAAUAUCUUAAGAGAUCGGUAUUAUAUCUUUUGGCACACGGUGGCUGGCUCAUGGUUUUAUGCACUGUUGUGGUGCUUGUUGGAAUACUGCUUUUAACCAUUGAUGGCCCCCAUGAAAAGCAUGUUGAGGAGCUUCGUCAAUAUUUAGAGUUUGGAUUGUGGUGGUUGGCUCUGGGUGUUGCAUCUUCUGUUGGUCUUGGUUCUGGUUUGCACACUUUUGUCCUUUAUCUAGGUCCUCACAUUGCCUUGUUCACAAUAAAAGCGAUGCAAUGUGGCCGAGUUGAUAUCAAAAGUGCUCGAUAUGAUACAAUACAAUUGAAGAGAGGCCCAUCAUGGCUUGACAAGGAUUGCUCAGAAUUUGGGCCUUCAUUGUUUUCAUCUUCACAUGGGUCACGGAUUCCACUAAGCAGCAUAUUGCCUCAGAUCCAAAUAGAGGCCGUUCUAUGGGGCAUUGGGACUGCACUGGGAGAGCUUCCUCCAUAUUUUAUUUCAAAAGCAGCUAGCGAGUCAGGUGACAGAGUGGUGGAUGACUUGGAUGAUUCUUCAACUGAAGACAAUGGAGUUGUAGCUACUCAUCUAUAUAAGAUCAAGCACUGGUUCCUGUCACACACACAAUAUUUGAACUUUUUCACAAUUUUGGUGCUUGCUUCGGUGCCAAAUCCUCUAUUUGACCUUGCUGGCAUCAUGUGCGGACAAUUUGGGAUUCCUUUUUGGGAGUUUUUUGUAGCAACAUUGAUUGGGAAGGCAGUCAUUAAAACUCACAUACAGACGGUGUUUAUAAUAUCAGUUUGCAAUAAUCAACUUCUGGACUGGAUUGAGAACGAGUUGAUUUGGGUUUUUAGCCUUGUGCCCGGUUUUGCUUCUAACCUACCAAACCUCAUCUCAAAAUUGCAUGCAAUGAAAGACAAGUACAUGGCAACCCCAUCUCCUAUGCCCUCAAAUAUCAAGGUGAAGAAGUGGGAUCUUUCAUUUACUUCGAUUUGGAACACCAUCGUGUGGCUCAUGAUUAUGAACUUUUUUAUCAAGAUCGUGACCUCAACGGCUCAGACGUAUCGUAGGAAAGAGCAGGAGGAGGAAUUCGCAUCAGGACAAUCAAGUGAGUCUGAGCAUUUGUCUUAAUUGCUUCAUUACAAGGGGAGGUCAUGGAAUUCGAGCAACCCUUUGAUAAGUCGCCAUUGAAGCCACCCCGGAAAACACUCUCUGCAUCAUAAGUCCUGUUUCGGAGACUUUGUAUAGGAUGAUUCAGAAGCCUUAAUUGGGGAAGCAUUGUUUUAAGGGGAAUUUAAGUGCCCUUGUUAGGUACUAUUAUUGGGAUUGGGGAGAUUUAGAAACUUGUUACUGAUAUUUUUUUUAUGCAAGACAAAAAAAUCAUUUGCUUGCUCCAUCUUUGUUCACAGUGCUUUGGACCUGUGAAUAGAUAAUGAUGAUAUAUAUACACAGAACAACUUGAACAUCUCUCUCUCUCUCUCUCUCUCAAAAGUAUGCUUAUGAACCCAUCUUGUUAAUAUAACAUUUGAUAAUUAUGGGAGUAGUGUUAUUAUAUUCUUCCAGUCAGUUGAUUUGGACUGGGACAAUUUUACAA